CACAGUAUAUAAGGGACUUGCUUUGAGAUAGGAGCAUCACACUUCAUCUACCUUCAUCAUGUUCACCAAGGCUGUCGUUGCCCUCGCCCUCGUGGCCGUUGCUGCCUCUGCUCCUUCUCAGCCAGCCUAUGGCUAUGCUCCUCAGCCAGCUUAUGAGGUCCCUGCCAAGUACGACUUCAACUAUGCUGUGAAGGACGACUACUCCGGCAACGACUUCGGUCACCAGGAGACCCGUGACGGAUACAACACUCAGGGUUCCUACUACGUUCAGCUCCCCGACGGUCGUCUGGAGAAGGUCGCCUACACUGUCAACGGCGACUCCGGCUACGUGGCUGAGGUCAGCUACGAGGGUGAGGCCCAGUACCCUGAGUACCACCCAGCACCUGCCUACAAGUCUGCCCCUGUCUACGAACCUGCUCCUGCCUACAAGCCUGCUCCUACUUAUGCUUAUUGAACAUUUUUAUGAUUAAUAUUUAUUAAAAUGAGA